ACUUUUAGAGUGAAAAAAAGCUUAGGCCAAAUAGGCUAUAAGACACUCUAAGUACAAAGUCUAGAUUUGGAGUGUUAAAAACGCAGGUUGGAGCCUUCUUUUAAGGCAACAAAACCGGGCUUUAUUAAUGAGUCUAUAGUGGUGAUUGUAUGUGAAGAAAUAGUAUAGUACAAUGUAACUUGUUGCUUAUCUCAUUUGUUUAUAUGCUUUAAGCUGUUAACCCCAUGUGAUCUUGCCUCAUUUCUCAUGGCUUCCUUCAAUUCCCACUUUAUUACUUUUCACACAUACUUAAAUGUGUCCUAUAUAUGUACACUUUCUUGCACAGGAUCCAAGUACAGAAAAAAAAAAAAAAGAAAAAAAAAAGUUCCCCCCUACCCCUUGGUUGUGUUAACGAGCUCAUUUCAAUCUUAAAACCUUGUUUCAACUAUUGACAUAUUGUGUGGUGGAUAGUUCUUUUGGCUCCAUAUAUGAGAUGGGGUUAGCUAGAAAUCCUAAUAUGAGAAGUGGGGAAUUGUUAGAACGGAUGUUGAGUGAUCACAUGGGAGGAAAAUCAGCAAAGAUGAGACCACCAAAAAGUUCUUCAACUAAACUUGUUACAGUAUUAACUUGUUUGCAGUUUUCUUUUGCUGUUUAUGCAACAUUUCUUCUGUAUUACAUGAGCCCCUCAGUAGAUUUAAGGACUAAACCAGAUUUUACAUGGGCUACACGAAUCGCUCAGUCUUGGAAACACUUCAUUAUGCCUCCACAUGUUGUUAGUCAUAAUGCUCUUUUUAAUAGAACUGAUAUUCAAAGCCAACCAAAACAAGUUAGUCCUUUUGAUGUUUGUGAACAUGAGAAGAUUGAUUUUGUACAGAAGAAAUCUAAUGAUGCACUUAUGAUCAAGUUGAAGACAGAGUUGUAUAAAGAAAUGAGGGAUUUUCAGAGCAAAAAUCUUGGUACUGAGACUUUAUCUGAGUUAAUGUCAAUGAAGUCCAAGUGGGAUUUGCACGGUCCAAACAAGCCGAAAAUCACAGUGAUAUUAAACCAUUUCAAGAGAAAAACUUUAUGUUCUCAGCUUGAUUCUUUGCUUGGCCAAACACUCCCAUUUCAUCAUGCUUGGGUAGUUGCAUUUGGAAGUCCAAAUGAGCAAUCCCUUAAGAGGAUCGUCGAUAGUUACAAUGACUCAAGAAUAAGUUUUAUAAGUUCAACUUACGAUUUCAAGUAUUAUGGAAGGUUCCAAAUGGCUUUGCAAACAGAAGCUGACCUUGUAUAUAUCGUAGACGAUGAUAUGAUCCCGGGGAAGAAGAUGUUGCAGAUUUUAGCACACGUUGCAGGGACAGACAAGUAUAAGAAUUCUGUUUUGGGAAGUAUUGGUAGGAUUUUGCCUUUUAGACAGAAAGAUUUCGUUUUCCCGAGCUAUAGGAAGUUUCGAUCCAAAGAAGCCGGACUUUAUUUGCCCGAUCCUGCUUAUAAUAUCACUGUGGACAAAAUUGUUCAAGUAGAUUUCCUCUCUAGUUCUUGGUUUCUUUCUGCUGAAUUAGUCAAGACACUUUUCAUCGAGACGCCCUUCACUUUCAUGACCGGAGAAGACUUGCACUUAAGCUAUCAGCUUCAGAAGUACAGAAAUGCUGGUUCAUUUGUGCUACCAGUUGAUCCAAAAGACAAAGAAACAUGGGGUGACAGUGAGCACAGACUUGCUUAUGUAUCCGAAACCACGGUAAUAUUCAAGGACACGGUUCAAGUCCGAGAUGACCAAUGGUGGAAAGCACUUUCCACCGGCUACAUAACUCAAUGGGCAGCUAUGAAUCCUCAGAAAAUCGAUGUACUUUUCUAUGCCCACUCUGUCGAUGAAGUCAAAGCCCUCGCGCCUCUUCUUGAAAAGUUCAGGUCAACUGUUGGAAAAAAGGCGUAUAUUGUUGUCUCAGGAGGGAACUUUUGCCCUUGUGAAGAUGCUGCUGCUGCCUUAAACUGGCCUAAGGUAGUAUGCAAAGAAAGGAGAUUCAAGAUUAUGGAUUUAGGUGUUGGUGCUUUAUCCGGGAUUUCAAAUUCAGAAGUGCCCGUUGUUCAAGCAGUCUAUGCUAGCAUGAAAGGACUAAUCAAGAUUCACAACCCAAGCCUUGUGAUCACGGUAGCUGAUGCAGAUUCUAAUGUGAUGAAAGCUCUCAAGAUGGCUACAGAAGCUAACACAAACAGUUCAAACUUGGUUCUUCUACCUAGAUCAUCGAUCACUAAGGUUCUUUGGAUGGCUGAUCUUCGUUCCACAGCAUUGCCAAAUUGGAACCGUAUGGCGCUUUCUAUAAACAUCAUCACACAGAACAGAGCUAAUUCACUAGCAAGGCUUCUCAAGGCACUUAGUGACGCGUACUAUAUAGGCGAUCAAGUUUCUAUUACUUUCAACAUGGAUAGUAAGGUAGAUGAGGCAACUAUAAAGCUUGUUAACUCAUUCAACUGGCCACACGGGCCCAAAACUCUUCGAAGAAGGAUCAUCCAAGGAGGGUUGAUUCGCGCUGUUAGUGAGAGUUGGUACCCCUCAUCCGAUGAUGAUUUUGGCCUAUUACUCGAAGAUGACAUCGAAGUUUCCCCUUACUAUUACCUUUGGAUCAAAUAUGCUCUCUUGGCCUACCACUAUGACCCUCAGAUAUCACUCCCCGAGCUCUCAUCCAUCUCUCUUUACACGCCACGUUUGGUGGAGGUUGUAAAAGAAAGGCCUAAAUGGAAUGCAACAGAGUUCUUCAAGCAAAUUCAUCCAAACACACCUUAUCUCCACCAAUUGCCUUGUAGUUGGGGCGCAGUUUUUUUCCCAAAGCAAUGGAAGGAAUUUUAUGUCUACAUGAACAUGAGGUUCACGGAAGAUCCAAAGCAAAAUCCGGUUCAAAUCCCAAAAUCAAGAACAAACGGUUGGCAAGCUUCUUGGAAGAAAUUCUUGAUAGACAUGAUGUACUUAAGAGGGUAUGUUAGUCUUUAUCCGAACUUUCCAAAUCAAAUGAGCUUUUCCACAAACCAUAUGGAACCAGGAGCACAUAUUGCAGCUAAGAACAAUGUGAUCAAGCACAACAAGGCUGAUUUUGAAGUGCCAUUGCUAAAAGAAGAUUUCAAGAACCUUUUGCCAAAUGGGAAAAUGCCUCCAGCAUCGAAGUUACCUUCGUUGAACCUAUUCAACCAGCCCGUUUCAUUAAAGGGUUUAAAGGCAGCAGGAGCAAAACUCGGGACAGAUGUACUUAAAUGCAGUCCAACGGAGAUAGUAUCCGUUCAUCAUGACACGGGUUUACCUUCACAUUGUGCAAGAUUCUGAGAACUCCAUACGCGUUUAAAUUACAAAUUACAAUUCUUUUGUUUAUCUCCCAAUAAUUUGUUUGGAAUUUUUUGUGUGGGAAAGAAAGAUGAGGCUUUAAUUCAUAUCCUUAUCUCACAAUGCAAGGAAGGGGAAUAAGGAUUCUUUUAUGAAUGACAAAACUGAGAAAUAUACAGUUACUCUUGUAAUGUGGCAGCCAAAAGUGGCUUUCUGUAUCCUCUUGUUAACAAUGAAAGAAACGAACACAAAUUCAU